AUGCAGCUCAUCAAGUUCCUCGUCACUUUCGCCGCUGCAGUUUCGGCCACCCCACCCAGUGCGCUCCCCGCCGAUAGUCUCACAGACGACGCUGCUCCCGACACCUUCAAGAGUGAAACCUAUAACUGGAUCAAGCGCGAAGUCUCACCGGCUCAUGCUAGGGAAUUUAGGCCCCCGUUCAUGGCUUCAAUGCGAAUGCGAAUGUGGCAGUUCAUCGCGGCAAAGGAAUUCGUGAUUGCUGUGAUGUAUUACGAGGCUACACCUAAUGCUAUGUCUCACUAGAACUUGUGAUGGUUUCUUGGGGUUGAUUGAGCAACGGAGGCCGGAAGCGAUCACACAUUCAUUCAGCAAACUUGCAAUACAUUCAUUCAAAACUCUUGUUCCUGUGCCCAAUGUGAUCU